AUGUCGCCUCCUGCUGAGCCGGAUAUGGACUUUCCAGAGGAAGAAGAGGAUGAGGGAGUUGACGGCUCUGGCUACCUCAGUGAUUAUCUCCGAGCACGCUCUCUCCACCUGAAGGCUUUCGAGGUGGUGCUGAAGGGUGUUCCGGCGGAGCUGACCCCGGAGCGGAUUCGGAAAUUCCUGGUGAUGGUGUGGCUGGUAAAGAGGGGGAAGCCGCCUUUCAAGGAAGGCUAUGGGUUUCAUCGUGUGCAAGACCUUGUUACCGGGAUGGAUAUGGACAAGGUUAAGGGCCUUCUGGUGCAGCACGAGAAUGACCCGUACCGCUGGCGUCACUUCAUCCUGGACCCUGCAAUGAACGGGAAGAAGCUGCUGCUGCACUUUCCUUCACUCAACUGCGACUACUGCAAUGGCCACCACAUGACACACUACCACGACGACUACGUCACUGACCGUCAAGCUAACAUUGCUAAAUGGAACCUCACGGUUAAACGCAUCCAUGAAGUUAACGCAGCGGCCUCACUGAAAGUCACAUACUCACAGGAAGCGAUUCUGCUGGACCCGGCUCUUGUUCUCACCUCGACCGGCGGAUCUCGAGAGGAAUGGAUCUGCGUUCUCGAAGCCUACGGCAAGGCACACAGCAAUAACCUUGAGCUUGCAGCAGCGCAUGUUGCCUCUGUUCAUCACACCACCAAUCUGACCACGGCGGGAGCAGCCACUCGCAUCAGCAAGGGUGCGAUCAAUGUCACAGCCCUCAAGGAGGAGUUCCUAAAGUAA